GGGUUUAUUUCUAUUUCUGCAUUAGACUGUCCUCUAGUGGCGGAGUUUAUUAUGACGCACACAGGAAGUGUCAGAGCUGAGAGGAAUCGAAAGUUUACUCAAAUACCGUAAGUAAUUGUCGGUGUUGGGUGUGUUGAGUCGGUGUCUCUGUAUGAGCAGUAAAAUGGCAGAAUCCAGUGUUUCUUGGGCUCAUCAUUUCAGCUGUUCGGUGUGUCUGGAUCUCCUGAAGGAUCCAGUCUCCAUUCCGUGUGGACACAGUUACUGUAUGAGCUGCAUCACAGACUGCUGGAAUCAGGAGGAUCAGAAGAGAGUCUACAGCUGCCCUCAGUGCAGACAGACCUUCAGCCCCAGACCCGCUUUAGCUAAAAACACCAUGCUGGCUGAAGUGCUGGAGAAACAGCAGAAGAGCAAACUACAAGCUGCUGGUCCUGCUCAGAGUCCCGCUGCAUCUGGAGAUGUGGAGUGUGACGUCUGUACUGGAGCCAAAAACAGAGCCGUCAAGUCCUGUCUGGUGUGUCUGAACUCUUACUGUCACACUCAUUUCCAGCUACAUCAACAACUGAAUCCGGGAAAUCAACACAAAGUGAUUGAAGCCACUCAUAAACUGCAGGAGAUGAUCUGUCCUCAACACAAGAAACUCCUGGAGAUCUUCUGCCGCACUGAUCACUGCUGUAUUUGUUAUCUGUGUAUGGUGGAUCAACACAAACACCAUGACACUGUUUCAGCUGCAGCAGAGAGGACUGAACUACAGAGUCGGCUGAGGGAAACCCAGAGCAGAUUCCAGCAGAGACUCCAGGAGAGACAGAAGGAGCUGGAGGAGCUGAGAGAGGCUGUGGAGUCUCACAAGCGCUCUGCACAGGCCGCAGUGGACCACACCGAGAGGAUCUUCACUCAGCUCAUCUGCUGGAUUGAGAGAAGCCGCUCGGAGCUCACGCAGAUGAUCAGAGAUGGAGAAAAGACUGCAGUGAGUGGAGCUGAAGAACGACUGGAGCGACUGGAGCAGGAGAUCAAUGAUCUGAGGAGGAGAAACGCUGAGCUGGAGCAGCUUUCACACACAGAAGAUCACAUCCAUUUCCUCCAGAGUUUGCAGUCUCUCUCUGUCCCUCCUGGAUCUACAGACUCAUCCAGCUUUAUUAGCAGCUCGCAGCUCGCUUUUGAUCAACUUGCUGAAUCUGUGUCUCGUCUGAGAGACAAACUGCAGCAGUUCUGCACUGAGGAGAUGAAGACCAUAUCUAGCAGAGUGAGCAGCAUUAGCAGGAUUCCCGCUCCUGAAGCACAGACCCGUGAGCAGUUCCUCCAGUAUUCUCAACAGUUCACUUUGGAUCCAAACACAGUGAAUAACUGUCUGGUUCUGUCUGAAGGAAACACAGCGGUGGAUUAUAAAGAUUCAGUCCAGCCGUAUCCUGAUCAUCCAGACAGAUUUGAUUGUUCGUAUCAGGUGUUUUGUAGAGAGAGUGUGUGUGGACGCUCUUACUGGGAGCUGGAGUGGAGCGGUGUUGUGUAUUUAUCAGUGUCAUAUAAGAGCAUCAGCAGGAAGGGACGGAAUAUUGAGUGUGGAUUUGGAAACAAUGAUCAGUCCUGGAGUUUGGAGUGCUCUCCUUACAGUUUCUCAUUCUGGCAUAAUAAAAUAAAGACUGCUCUCCCUAAACCCUCCGUCAGCUCCUCUAGAAUAGGAGUGUAUGUGGAUCACAGUGCAGGAACUCUGUCCUUCUACAGCGUCUCUGACACAACAAUGAGCCUCAUACACACACUCCACACCACAUUCACACACACACUCUAUCCUGGAUUCGGGGUUUAUUCUUCAAGACUGAAGCUCUGUGAUCUGACAGUGUAGAGUUCAAGAUGUCUGAAUCAGUCAUCACUGCAUUCUAGUUUAUAUUGGCUGUUUCCUGCUAGACAGUUGAUAGGGGGUUCUGGAUUGGUUGCUAGGCGGUUACUAAGGCAUUGCUAGGUGCUUGCUAAGCACUUGCUAAGGUGUUCUAGGUCAUUGCUAAGGUGAUGCUAGGUGGUUGCUAGGGUGUUCUAAUUGGUUGCUAAGGUUUUGCUAGGAGGUUGAUAAGGUGUUGCUCGGUGGUUGCUUAGGUGUACUGUGUGGUUGCUAAGUUGUUGCUAGGGUGUUCUGUGUGGUUGCUAGGCAGUUGCUAAGGCAUUACUAGGCAGUUGCUAUGGUGUUCUUAGUUGUUGUUAGGUAGUUGCUAGGGUGUUGUGAGUGGUUGCUAGGCAGUUAUUAAGCUGUUGCUAGGUGGUUGCUAGGUUGUUCUAAUUGGUUGCUAGGCAGUUGCUAUGGUGUUGCUGGUGGUUGCUAAGGCAUUGCUAGGUAGUUGCUGACAGUGUAGAGUUCAAGAUGUCUGAAUCAGUCAUCACUGUAUUCUAGUUUAUAAUGGCAUGUUUCCUGCUAGACAGUUGAUAGGGGGUUCUGGAUUGGUUGCUAAGCGAUUGCUAAGGUGUUCUAGGUCAUUGCCAAGGUGUUGCUAGGUGGUUGCUAAGGUGUUUCUAAGCUGUUGCUUGUUAGUCGCUUAGGUGUUGCUAGGAUGUUUUGUGGGGUUGCUAGGCAAUUGUUAAGGCAUUACUAGGCGGUUGCUAAGGUGUUUAAGUGGUUGCUUAGUGGUUGCUAAAGUUUUGCUAGGUGGUUGCUAAGGCAUGGCUAGGUGGUUACUAAGGUGUUGCUAGGCGGUUGCUAAGGUGUUCUGGGUCAUUGCUAAGAUGUUGCUAGGAUGUUCUGUUGGGUUGCUAGGCAGUAUCUAAUGCAUUACUAGGCAGUUGCUACUGUGUUUUAAGUUGAUGCUAAGUUUUUGCUAGUUGGUUGCUACGGUGUUCUAAGUCAUUGCUAAGGUGUUACUAGGUUGUUGCUUAGGUGUUCUUGGUCGAUGCUAGGGUAUUGCUAGGUGGUUGCCAGGGUGUUGUAAUUGGUUGCUAGGUGGUUGAUAUGGUGUUGCUAGG